AUAUAUGCAAGUGUACGCAUGUUAUGAAGCUGCCCAGGGAGGAACAUUUAUGUGCUUACCAUCCACCCCCUCUUCUAUUUUUGUACAUAUAAAACCAGCGCGUUUUUUUUUUUUUUUUCGUUUCACGUAUAUAUCCUGUUAUGUUGACGUGCCAAAUGUGCCUUCCGUGUUGUUACGCCAUUUCCCCCUGUGUUGCUCAUUUAUAUGCCAACUGGAGGAAGCACUCUUCCGCCAAGCAGGGGUUUUUAUUUAUAUUCAUUUUUUCUUUUUGAUGCUCCCCCCGUUUUUACUUUACCAAACAUACCCACACAUAUCGCCCCUCCCCCCCUAUGUAGAUCCCUGUGUCAAAUUUAAAAAAUAAUCCAAACAUGGAAAACAUAAAGGAAGCGGAAAUAUCCCUAAGGGGUGUUCUGGAAGGAGGACACAGCGACUGGGUGACGUCAGUGUCAACCCCCACUGACGCAAAGUUAAAAACCAUUGUGAGCGCAUCCAGAGACAAGAAGCUAAUCGUGUGGAACAUCAACCCCGAUGACGACUCAGGAGAAAUAGGAACCGCAAAGAAAUCCCUGACGGGGCAUUCGCAAGCUAUAAACGAUGUGUCCAUUUCGUCGGACGGGUUGUUUGCGCUGUCCGGAUCAUGGGACCACUCAGUUCGAUUAUGGGAUUUGUCCUGUGGAGAAACGAUUAGGUCAUUCAUUGGACACACUUCUGAUGUUUUUAGUGUCUCCUUCAGUCCUGAUAACAGGCAAAUCGUUUCCGCCAGCAGAGAUAAAACAAUUAAACUAUGGAACACCUUAGCUCAGUGUAAGUACACCAUAACAGAACAGCAACAUACGGACUGGAUUACUUGCGUGAGAUUUUCUCCUUCACCAAAGCAAGCCAUUAUUGUUUCUUGUGGAUGGGAUAAAUUAGUUAAAGUAUGGAAUUUAAAAAAUUGUGAUUUGAAUAAAAACUUGGAAGCACACACAGGUGUGUUGAACACAGUCACCAUUUCACCAGAUGGCUCAUUAUGUGCAUCCGGAGGAAAGGACGGAGUAGCCAAAUUGUGGGAUGUCAACGAAGGAAAGCAUUUGUACUCACUAGAAACUGGUUGUACAAUAAAUUCACUUUGCUUCUCUCCAUGUGACUACUGGCUCUGUGCAGCAACGGACAGAUUUAUAAGAAUAUGGAACUUGGAAAGUAAGCUUAUCAUUUCGGAAAUAUACCCAGUGAAACAAUCCAAAGUUGGAUUACCCUGGUGUACUUCCAUCACCUGGUCGGCAAAUGGCCAAUUCUUAUUUUGUGGUUCCACGGAUGGAAAUAUUUAUGUAUAUGAAGUGAAGAAACAAUCCAUUUAG